CCCGCCCCACCCAAGCGCAUUUAGAGGAGGGCUUCAAACUCCAACUCGGAUUUGAACUCUGGUCCCUCUCUUCGGUAACCACUCUUCACCCGUCAGACGACACUCGGCUGUGAGAUGGUCGCUCCGCGGGGGACCAGGAGGACUCUCCCGCUGCUCUGCCUCCUCGUGGUCUGCCUGGACCGGACUCUGGCCUGGGACCUAGUCCUGCUGCACACCAACGACGUCCACGCCCGGAUGGAGCCGACGAGCCGCGAAUCGGGGAAGUGCGUCCCCGCCAAGGCUCAAUGCUUCGCCGGGGUAGCGCGGAGGUACUGGCAGGUGAACGAAAUCCGGAACCGCGAGAAGAACGUUCUCCUGCUGGACGCCGGGGACCAGUUCCAGGGGAGCGUCUGGUUCAACUUCUACAAGGGCGCUGAGGCGGCUUUCUUCAUGAACCGUCUGCGGUACGACGCGAUGGCGCUGGGGAACCACGAGUUUGACAACGGCGUGGACGGUCUGGUGAAGCCCUUUCUGGAGGACGUGCGGUUCCCCGUGCUCAGCGCCAACCUAAACGCCACCUUGGCGCCGAAGAUAGACGGCCGCUUCGAGCCCUACAAGAUCCUGACGGUGGACGGGCAGAAGGUGGGCAUCGUGGGCUACACCUCCCAGGAGACCCCCUCCCUCUCCCAGCCAGGACCCAACCUGGUGUUCGGGGAGGAGGUGGCCGCGGUCCAGCUGCAGGUAGACAAGCUGCUGACCCUUGGGGUCAACAAGAUCAUCGCCCUGGGUCACUCGGGCUUCACCAAAGACCAGGAGAUCGCCAGGAAGGUCCGCGGGCUGGACGUGGUGAUCGGGGGACACACAAACACCUUCCUGUACACAGGGCCCCCCCCGUCCACUGAGGUCCCGGCGGGGGACUAUCCCUUCCUGGUGCAGUCCGACCACGGCGGGACGGUCCCGGUGGUGCAGGCCUACGCCUUCGGGAAGUACCUGGGCUACCUGAAGCUGACCUUUGACCCGGAGGGGAAUGUGAAGGAGGCCAAAGGGAACCCCAUCCUACUGGACAGCAACGUUCCUGAAGAUGCGUCUGUGGCGGCCGAGGUGGCGACCUGGAGGCAGAACCUGACCGUGUACUUGACCAAGACGGUGGGGAAGACACUGGUGUUCCUGAACGGGACCUUCGAGGAAUGCCGCUUCCGGGAGUGCAACCUGGGGAACCUCAUCUGUGACGCCAUGAUCCACAACAACAUCAAGUACGCAGACGAGCUCCAGUGGAACCAUGUGGCAGCCUGCAUCCUGAACGGGGGCUCGGUGCGGACCUCCAUCAACGAGAGGAGCGCCGACGGGGACAUCACGGUGGAGGACCUGCUUGCGGUGAUGCCGUUCGGCGGGACCUUUGACCUGGUGCAGCUGAGUGGCGCCACGCUCCUCAGCGCCUUCGAGCACGCCGUGCGGCGGUACGGACAGUCCACCGGGGAGUUCCUGCAGGUGUCCGGGAUCCGGGUGGUGUACGACCUGUCCCGCCCCCCCGGCGAGCGUGUCCGCAGCCUGCGGGUGCUCUGCACCGAGUGCCGGGUGCCCUGCUACGAGCCGGUGGACAAGGGGGCGCUGUACAGGGUGGUGCUGCCCUCCUACCUGGUCGCCGGGGGCGACGGCUUCUCCAUGAUCCGAGACGAGAUCGUCAAGCACGACUCGGGGGACCUGGACAUCGCGGUGCUGGUCAAAUACAUCAAGGAGCGGCAGAAGGUCCACCCCGCCCUGGAGGACCGGAUCUCCUUCUACAAGAGCUCUGGGGGCCGGGCCCCGGGGCCCGCCACGCCGCUGCUGGUCACCCUGCUGGGCCUGGUGUGGGCCCUCUACGGGGGUCUCUAGGGGCCCGCCUGGUCUGGGCCCUCUACGGGGGCCUCUAGGGGCCCGCCUGGUCUGGGCCCUCUACGGGGGUCUCUAGGGGCCCGCCUGGGCUGGGCCCUCUACGGGGGUCUCUAGGGGCCGCAGGUCUGGGCCUUCCACUGGUGACCUGGUUUGCCCACAGUCCCUCUCUUUUGUGUACAAGACGUGAUGACUUUUGGAGGAGCUCUUUGGUUCUUUCAGCCGCCACCACUCCGGGUGGGACCAACAUGCUUUUAAAGGUUUUUAAAGUAUUAUUAAAUUUUAUUUCCUACAGGAGUGCACGACUACACAAAGUUAUUAAGACACAGACAGAGGAGCUAGCAGUUAGCUAGAGGAGCUAGCACUUUGACCUAGUUAAUCUAAAAGAAAAUAUCUAUAUAUUAGAAUCAGAUUAUAAUAAAUGAUUUAAUCUAAUACAUAUGAAGUCAACAGAG